AAGAUCACCUACAGAAAUGAGGCAUCUGCUCAACGUUCUUCGCUCACCCACACCUGGAGCUAUUCUCGCAUGUCCCUCUCUACAUUUCAAAGCCGCUUUGCGUAUCAAAGUCCCAUAUCGGACCUGGUCACUACAAGAAUGCCGUCGUCACUCGACAAGACCUUCCCAACAAGCUUCAACACAUUGGCGACCGCGUCCCAUCACCAAUGAUACACUACUAUAUGAGAACCCCGACCAGUCGUUUUACCGGGUGGCAUACUUUUGUGCGGGGGGCCAACUGCUUCUGUGGUUGACGUUUGCUGACUGGUGCUGGAGAGAGCUUCAAGUCUCAAAGGAGAAUCCGGACGGCAGUAAAGAAUACGUCUUGGCGCCUAGACUGGAGCGAACAGGGGCUGCUGCUUUUUGUCUAAGCAUUGGGGGGCUGUUUGCGGCUGCAGUACAUUUAUGGAGCUCACGGAGAGUUCGAGCGCUGACGGUAUUGAAAGGAGGGCAGUACAUUGGGAUAGAUACUAGCAACCUCCUUGGCAAAAACCGCGUCGUCAUUCAAACAAGACGGUUGCGAACUUGGGAACGGGCUUACAAGUACGGCGAUGCAGCACCAGCAGAUCGCUGGAAGGGCCAGACUUCAACAUUCUCCAAAGUUGCUGGGCACCGAGCCUACAUUAUCCUAAAGCCAGAAACGCAUAGAACGGGUUUCAUGGUUGAUCGCAGCGGGGAAUUUCUAGAACCUCAGCUGUUUGAUUUUCUCUUUUACAAAAAGGCAUAGAAUGAAGAUCCCAUUUAUUUAUCUACUUACACGCUAUAAUACAAAAUCAACUGCUCCCAUGAGUAGCCCUACAUUAUGCUAAUGCCCUGAUCUUGAAAACUCGACAACGCCU